UAGCAUCGUCAUCGGAUUUAAACCAGUUGAUUUUUUUUGUUUGUUAAAUGAAUUAGACCAACCAAACCAAUCGAUUCUUGAAAUGAUCAUGGAGAUGGGAUUUUAGCCCCAUUCCCGUUUUGCAGUGUGCCAAGAAGGGAUUACUUGGAUUGGAUAUCUUGGCCCUGCAAGAUUUAUUUUUUCGUCUAUUAUCUUUUCUGAUCAAUGGGGAUAUCAUCCGACAAUGUCCAUGGACUUGUUUUGGCCGUCUCAUCAAGCAUUUUUAUUGGGUCUAGCUUCAUUAUCAAGAAGAAAGGUCUUAAAAAAGCUGGGACUACAGGAACUAGAGCAGGAUCGGGAGGGUACACGUACUUGUAUGAACCUUGGUGGUGGGUUGGAAUGAUAACAAUGAUUAUUGGGGAGAUAGCGAAUUUUGCUGCUUAUGCAUAUGCGCCUGCAAUUCUUGUAACCCCCUUGGGAGCUUUAAGUAUUAUUUUCAGUGCAGUGCUAGCUCAUUUUAUUUUAGAGGAGAAAUUGCAUGUCUUUGGAGUGCUGGGAUGUGUUCUCUGUGUGGUUGGCUCUGUAAGUAUUGUCUUGCAUGCUCCUCAGGAGAAAAAUAUUCAUUCUGUUAAGGAAGUGUGGCAUCUCGCUACAGAGCCAGGAUUCAUUGUUUACACUUGCUUGGUCGUGAUUCUGGUUGGUGUUCUCAUUUUUCGGUAUGUCCCACGCUAUGGGCAAACACAUAUGGUGGUGUACAUUGGAAUUUGUUCUCUCAUGGGCUCUCUCACGGUUAUGUGUGUCAAGGCAGUGGGGAUCGCUUUGAAGCUUACAUUUUCAGGAAUGAAUCAAUUUACUUACUUCCAGACAUGGUUUUUCACUGUGGUUGUGGUAGCGUGUUGCCUUCUGCAGAUCAACUACUUGAACAUGGCUCUGGAUACCUUUAACACUGCCGUCGUAUCUCCUGUUUACUAUGUCAUGUUCACAUCGCUCACCAUAUUUGCGAGCAUGAUCAUGUUUAAGGAUUGGGACUCACAAAAUGCAUCACAGAUUGCAACUGAAUUGUGUGGCUUUGUAACGAUAUUAUCAGGGACAUUUCUCCUUCACAAAACCAAGGAUAUGGGAAAUAGCAAAACUUUGGAAUCCCCUGUUUUUGCAAGCCCAAGCAUCCGCAGUUCAAACUCAAUUUCAGGAUAGAAACAUAUAUAUAUGAGGUUUAGGCAACACUAUGGUCGUCUCUUAGCUAUACCCCCCCAGGUAAAAAGUACUUCUGAAAUUGACACAAGUUUGAUGUGAUGCACACAUGGGAGAUUGAGGGUAGAACAUAAAUUUGUAAAGCUUGGGACUUGGC